GAGCUCAGUAUUAGAAACUAUACUGGCAGUGACACAAUUAUCCACAAUGAAGAGCUUUACCUUAAUUCUCUGCAGCAUCAGCUGGAUCUCUGUCUCACUUUCCGAGUCUCACACUGUGGAGGUCCAGCCUGGUGAAAACGUCACACUGCAGCGCACCAACAUUUCCAACAUCCAAUCAAAGACAACCUGGUUCAGACUGGUCAACAGAACCAAAGCCAGCUGUAUCUCAACUAUGUACAGCUCUAAAACUGUUCAAUACUGUGAUGGAUUUCAAAAUGGAAAAUUUCAAAUGAGCUCCAACAUUUCCACAGUCUCUCUCAACAUUAAGGAAGUGGAUUUAUCUGACUCAGGGGUUUAUUUCUGUGGAUUUUACAUUAACGGACAGACAGUUUUAAGUGUCAUACAUUUAAAUGUUGAAGGCAGUGAUGAUGAAUCAUAUGAUGACAUUGACAGAAAGUCUAAACAAGAGUCUGAUGCAACAACAAAGCUGACGAGUGUGAUCCUGGCUGGUCUGACUGUUUUCCUUGUAAUGGUCAUCAUUGGUCUGCUGGUUAAAAUCAGGAAACUUAAGACAGCUGCGACUGAAGGGCAGAAUUCACUAGUGAACAAGAAUCUGGACUCUGAUCAGCUGAAGGACACAGCACUGACUUUGUAUUCAACAACAAUAAGAAGCAGGAGGCCUGCAUCACAGAGAGAAGUGGACACUCAUGUUAUUUAUGCUGCCAGCAGACAGACAAGAAGAAACAACAGCAACAGCUCAGAGUGAAACUAAUGCUUCAUUAAUCUGCUGCUGGAGUAUUGUGAGGGUAGCGAUACACACCAUCAACUUAUC